AUGGCAGAAAAUGCGUUUGUUCCUCAAAUUGAUAUUUUAAAUACCCAAUUCACAGAUGUAACUUCGCUCUUCUUAUCUCUAUCUGCAUCGUCAAUUCCCCCAAACCAAGUAGUUCAAUCGUCUUCUUUUGCAUUAUUUGAAGGUACCCAUGCAUUGGAAAUUGCAAAUAAACAUUUGGACACUUCGGCCCUAACCUUUCCUGCUACGGAAUCAACCGUCGCUGAUUUCAACUUCAACAAUGAUUCGCCGCUCCAAUUCGACGAUAUCAUAAUCAUUGUUGACAAGUUGUUCAGAUUGACUUUCCUAUGGUUGGAAAAUAACCAAAUGUUGAGCACCACGGUACUAUCGUGCGUGUACGUUGAAAAAUUAUUAUUAAACUACACCAAGGGGAAGAAAAUCACCACAAAACAAGAUUCGUUGAAAUUUGCAACGCUUUGGGAUUAUCAAACCGAAGAAGAAUUGGAUCAAUUAUAUUCGCAAUUGAAAUCCUACCAAAAAGAGUAUCUCCAACUUUCACAAACCGAUGGCCAAUCUCCAAGAGCCAGGUUUCUCAAAAAUUAUAUUCUCACCCACACCACUUUCCGGUCGCUUUUGAUCGGGUUGGUGAAUAUCAUGAGUCAAUUGAUCCAGCUUUUCAGAUCCGGGGUGGUUUAUGAAGAAGAAGACGUGAUUUCUCAAUUACCUCAAGGAUUGGAAGUUUGGAAUAAGAUGGAGGAUUCUGUGUGCCAGGAAUUGGUGAUGGGAGACAUUUGGGCUAAAAAAGUUGAAUGUGUAACUGAAGCAGAUGCGGCCACCACCAAUGGAUUGAAGCUUGAAUUGCUACUAUCAUAUUCUAAUAUUUUCAAAAAAAUGAACGAACUAACUAGACUCUUAACCCGAUCAUUCAAUUUAACCAACUCUAACAAUGAUACCAUAGGAAUUGGUUAUGGGUCAGAAUUUGUUGAUAAUGUCGAUGCUUCUACACCCACCAAUCCUAAUCCGACCCAAGUAAAUACCGAGUUUCUUGAAUCCAUGGUAUCUUCUCUCUCAUUCUUCGAGUCCAAACAACCAGAAGUUACCAAAAUCAUCCAAACCAAUACCAAUAUUUAUUCGGCACAAUGUUUUUCGCAAGGAAUUCAAAAAAGAUUGAGUAAUACUCGACCACUUAACAAACUUCCGGCAUCAGAAGACAUUGCUGGGAUGAGUUACGCGGUGAUUAAUGUGCGAUACUUCAAAAGUUUGAUGAAUUGGCUCAAAGAAGUGAAUUACUUGAUGGCGAAUUUCAACGUUACAAAUUUCAGGAGAUUCUUGGAAUUAGUGUUCUGGAAAUCAGGAUCAGUUGGCAGCUUUGAUUGUGGAACCACAUGGGGAGAAACUGUAGUUUGGAGAUCGUGGGUCCAAUUAUUCAUGAUCCGUGAUAACAAAUCAUUAUUUGGCAGUGACGUCAAGUUAUGUGAAGUGAUGCUUGGUCAAAUGAACUGGUUUGCCGGAAUUGAAAGUGGAUGGUUAAACAUGGCAUUUGGUGGGUGUCAACCAGAACACCCACGGGUGAAUGCGUCUUCUUCCAACAAUGUGCAACAUCAAGGAGUUUUUGGAAUUAUAGAUACUGAUCCCAUGGAAUUCAUUCAACGAGAUUUAUCGAUUCCUAAAUCCUACCAUGGUGGGGAUGCUGUGGGUCUACCACCAAAACCUCAGAAGAAAAAUAAAAAGAAAUCGAAACUGAAGACCAGAUCACCUGCUGAUGUCGGGUCUUUAUCUUUAUCAUCAUUCAAUGGUGAAGCUCCUGCUUCAAUAAUGAGAUCACUCGAAAUGAUCAUCAACUAUGAUUUGGUAUUUAUGGAAUCUGCUAAAACGCCGUAUUAUUGCUCUUCAUCAAACAUCAAAGUCUCGCAUCGAGAAAAACUCACUGAAUUGUUGGGCCAGGUGGAGUCCACGGUAUUUGAAUGGAUGUCGAAUAUCUCAAACAAUCCAUCUCGUCAACGUCAAAUAUUGUCUCGAUCAAUUGUGAAUUUUGACUCUCUCCAAGUGGCGGCAGAAAGAUUUGAUCUAUGGACCCACGAAGAAUUGGGGAUCAAAGAGUAUACGCAAUUUGUCCCUCGAAAACAACAAUUAUCUGCUAUUCUCAGAGAUUUACCACCAGCAUUACCAUUUGCCACGUACGUUUAUUAUCUUAAGCUUCAAACGAUGUUGCAAUAUUUGCUUAAAGGUACACCGCUUCAAAUUUACAAGCCUUGGGAAUGGAGUUGUGUAAAUUGGUACGGGGCGUAUUUCGCGGAUAAUUUAAUAAUCGUCUUGAAUCGUAUGAAGCAAUGUAAUACCGCUAAGAUGCAGAAGUUACGGUAUAAGAUCCGCGAGGUUGAAAAGUUGGAGAAUCCUGCGAAGUUUGCCAAGUUAGUGGAACUAAUGAAGCAGGAUUUGGUAUUCAAGUAUCAUUUAUCAGAAGUUAAUAAGUUUGCUGGGACCACCACCACCACCACCUCCUCCUCCUCCUCGUCACAAUCAGUGUAUAAGACUUACAAUCAUCAAUGUCUCGAGAUUCUUCAAUUGAAAUUAGCCAAGCUCAUGAAAGUGGAGGAUUCAUUAUUGGACGAAAUGAACUAUUAUGAAUCAUUGAAGAGCAUGUGCCGUGGAACCCACCAAUUAUUAGAAGUUUAUAGUAACUUGGGGGUUCUGGUGGUGUGUAAACCCGAAUUCACAUGGAUUGAAACGGUUAUUGCCAAGGCAAGUUCUUCUUCUUCUUCACUGGUUGGUUUUUCUGAUGACGAUUCAUUCAUGGCGAAACUAUUUGGUCUCAGAUUUAAAUCUUUCUCAUCGGUGGGAGUGCCAGAUCCACUAACUUUUUCCCAGUUUGUCAUUGCGACCACUAAGGAUCAGAAGUACUUGAGUGACAAUAAUAUGGUCAACUGGGGUUUGUUGAAGAGCAAUUUCGAUUCGAUAUUACUAGAAUUCUCUAGGACCAAAAAAUUGGUAAAGGAUCAAUUGGAUAAACUUGAAAAGGAAUCAUCUGAUGGUGUUAGCAAUAGUUUUGGUAAAUACAACCAGCUUACUAAUCUACUUAAAUGCAGUAUUCAGCAUUCCCUUACGAUCUUCAAGACCAAACAGAUGAUUGAAACCCUUGAGCCAGAACUGCCAAUCAUGAGCAAAACUGAUAUUGCAAAGUUGAUCAAAUCGCAGAAUUAUGCUGGAGAAAUCCAGUACGAGGUAGGCGAAGGCGAGGCAAGCUGGUUCCCAUUAGUAAAGUUGGUCAAGAAAUGA